GAGGCGCUGUCAAUAUGCGCCGAGUGUGAUGGCAGAUGAUGAAUCUGUAGAGAUCACAGCUGAAUAAACGCUGCUGGCAGUGUUCACUCUGCAGUAACACACCGGGGAAGUGACGGCAGCUUCAGUCCUAAUGACGGUUAUUAUUAUUUCUCCCGCUUUCUGCUCUCUUGGAGCGCUCUGAGCUUUAGCUUUUAGCCGUUAACGGUUCGUUUACUGAUGGAGGAGCUGCAGCGCCUUCCUCCUGAAGUUUGGGUCUACGUGUUCAGCUACCUGACCACGGAGGAGAGACACACGGUCCGCACCUGCUGCAGGUACCUGAAGAAGCUCAUCGACCACCCGUCCCUGUGGAGGGCCGACGCGGUGGUGCUGUCCGACCUCCGCCGCUACACCUACGGCUUCUGGGACACCCUGCGCCACCGCAAGCUCACCCGGGUGGCGGUGCGACACCUGCGGCGCAAAGAGUGGCGGCGGCUCGUCACGUUCCUGCCGUCCCUCACCGCCAUCGUGUUCGUGGACGGAGGGCGGCUGUACAAGGAGAAAUACCUGGACAACCUGUCGCGGUUCCCCGAUUUGAGGGAUUUGGGGGUGCGGAACGCCACCUGGGACGAGCCGAUGCUGGGGCGGAGCCUGAGCGAGCAGCUGCAGGAGCGGCUGACGCACCUGAGCGUGUGUAACGUCCGGCUGACGUGCACGGUGGAGUUCAUUAACACCGUGUCGCACCUGGUCAAUCUGCGGUACCUGCUCUUCCACCAGCAGGGGGAGGGCUACGGGCUGGACACCGUGAGGCCGGUGCCCCGCAGCGUCUUCCACAACCUGCUGCUGAGCCUGAGGAAGCUGAAGCACCUGUCCUGGGGCAUGAGGGGGGAGCCUCCAGAGCCGCUGCCUGAUGACUACCUCAGCCCCCCGGACCCGGAGCAGCCAGCAGCGUCCCGGUACGGCGGCCCGGCGCUGACCAGCCUGGAACUGGUGGAUUACCCGGAAACCAUCCUGCCAGAGAACGCACUGAGGAGUCUGACCUCGCUCAGGUCUCUGACUGUCCGCUACAGGUACAUCAGAGACGGCAUCGAGUGUCGCCUCCCGUCCUGGCUGAGUCCUCUCCAACAGCUCGAGACGCUCAGCAUCAUCGGUGGUAAUUCUCUGGCUACGUAUACGACCACCAUCCCAUCCAGUGUGACCCGGCUGACACUGCGAGUCGCCAUAACUCUGAAGGACAUGGACUCCAUCGCACCUAAAGUCCCGGCGCUCGAGCACCUCGACAUCGAGCAGAACCGCUCCAGCGGCAGCCUCUGCAGGAGAAUCCCCAUGUUGUUUCCUCAGCUCAGGACACUGAGGAUACGGUUUUUCCGCAGAGAACCAGAGAAAGACCUUCUGAGCCUCCACCGGCUGCGACACCUGGUGCAGCUGGAGCUGCUGGUGGAGCGCUCCUUCAUCCUGAGGGACUACCUGAACGGUCACCCCUGGCCCAGCCCCUGCGUGCAGGAGCUGAUCAACCAGCUCCGAGAGCUGUCCGAGAACAGGAUCACCGUCAUCACAACGAUGCGUCAGAGAAACCCGCUGCGAGAGUGUGACUGUGUGUGGGAGGGGGACUGACGGGAGGAAGAGGAGAAAACCGGGAAGGUAGAUUUUAAUCAGCCCGAAGAGAGGAGAAGACAGUGUCGCCACCAGAGUCGGGAACAGAAGCAGGACAACACAUCGAAAACCUGAUGUGACUCCUGCUGUUGAGGAUAGCAGGUGGUGCCACUUUUCUUCUGAGAUUAAAGGUAUUAAGACGGCCCUAAAUGAGGCUAACGAGGCACUGAAAUUCACAAUCGUCCAGGGUACAAAUGAACUGUGAGCAGUUCAGCAAAAUUUAUUUUAGCAAGGAGAAAGCUUGAACAGACAGAACGACUGUCAACUGAAGCUGCUUAUCAGAUAACGGUCAAGUCUCACAAUAACAAGCAUGACCAGCACGAACAAAUGAAGGACGGUUGGAAUUACCUGUAAACCACUUCAUCAGCAAAAAAGCCCUUCAACCCCCCCCCGAUUUAUGAAUGUGAAGCAUCUGCAGUAAGUGUUGAGUUUCGCUCAUGUUAGCUCAACAUCGAUGGAGAGACUGGGAUGAACCAGAACAGGAACAGAGCGGUGAAUCUGACAUGACGCUGUCUUUGCACUGACGGGAUUAGAUUAGAAAAUGUAGAUUAUAGUGAAUUUAUGACAACAGGUAAACAUGAAGGACGUUUGCAUUAACCUGGAAAUGUCAGGAAUCAGGGACCUCAUUGAUGAAGCUGAGCGGAGGGUUCACGUCAAAAGGUUGCGUACGGACGAAACCCACAAUACACAUGCGCACAUUCAGAUUUCUAAAAGUGAGUACGCAGAUUUCUCGUUGAUUUGAGGACGAACACUUUGUUUUAAGUUCAUUCGGUUCAGUUUUGUUCGUUUCUGGAUCUUUGAAUCGUUAUCUUACAUGAGCACUUAAUCGAGUGUCACUUAUUUUGCUGAAAUUCGAGCCAACAUCCCCCCAAAAAAGGUAUUAAUGCACCUUGAUUGUUUUAAUUUUUCGGGAUAAUUUAUUGAAUGCAGACAGGAUGGAAACAGGUGCGUACAUUUUAAUGGUGGCAUUCGUUUUUCUAUUCAAAGAAUUAAAUUGUCACUUAUUUUAUGUAACGAAAACGAUGUAAAGCUAAAUAAAAGCUAAACUUAUGGCACUAAUUUGUUUGGUUUCUUCAGCAAAAUAAAUUCAGUUGAUAAUUGAAAGUUAUGUAUUUUGUGUUUGCUGAACUUAAUGAUGAGUUGAAUAUUAAACAUUAAUGAUGA